AUGCUGCAACCACCGCCAACUGUUUUCAAGAAACAGCCGUUGAAUGUUUCGACUGUAGAUCUGGAGGACAUGCCUCAAGCAAGCCAAAAAAGAACAGCUGAGUCACACCUCUCCGAGCGGACGAAAAUUGCAACGGAGGAGGAAAUCUCGCAUUGGCUGAUGAAGUCCGAGCCCGAGUCCCAGUUCGAAAACGGGAUCGACGUCAAAUUCGGUGUCAAGGACCUGAAGGAAUGUCCGGACCAGACGGCUUGCUGGGACGGCGUCAGAAACUAUCAGGCCCGGAACUUUCUGAGGGACAAAAUGAAGAAACCUAGCUGUCACAAGGUAUUAUUUUACCAUAGCAACACGAAGCAGACGGGAAUAUGUGCGAUAUGUGAGGUGGCAAAAAAGGGAUACGUGGACCAAACUCAAUUUGACCCGAAAGAUCCCCACUAUGACAAAAAAUCGACCAAGGAGGAGCCCCGUUGGUACAUGGUGGAUGUGAAAUUCCGGCGCAUGACGCAGCGCUUCAUCCCACCGCUGCCACCGUUGUGGUGA